UCUGACAAAAAAAAGACUGGAUGUGUUUUGUUUGUGCGUGAACACAGCAAACUGUGUGAAAUUUCAGCUUCUUUUAUCUCUGUGUGCUGAUGGAAGAGGCGGCGGUAUGAGUUCAGCUCCAGCUUUUAUCGAUGUAUCGGAGCAGGCUCAGGCUGAGGAGCUACUGGAGUAUUAUGAAUCCAGAGGCCAAAAACUCGCAGUCACUGUCGCAGACAAUGGCAUGAGCACUGUGGUACAUGCUCUAGCAGAGCACUGUGGUAUCUGCCUCAGAUCUUCUGAUGAAGAUUCAUUGGCAACAAUGACCAGCAUUUUCUCAUUGUUCCACAUGGUACCGCCGCAUGAGCUGGGAACAGUCGUAUUGAACAUUUGCAAGCAGAUCGGUUCGGAAAUCACUGAGAAGAAUGCCAAAUUCCGCUUUGCUCUGUUGAAGACACUGUUCAGUAUAAUUGAAGAUGGUCACACUGCCCACCGUGCCGAUGUGUGGCUUCACAUGCUGCUUGUAGCACGUAAAGGAAACUUCCUCAGACUAGUCACAACCGACCCAGCAGAGGUUCAGAAGAACUUUGAGAGCUGGAAGUGCAGUACCGACAAGCAACAGCACGCAUUGAGAAGUCUUCACGAUAUUCUGCAGGAAACUGGCAAAACCUCCUCUGCCACCGACGCGCUAGUUCUCCUGUUGUCUAUGUACACUAACCCUGGUACGGCGCAGGCCAGGGAGGAUGCCAAGAAGUGCAUCCUUGACUCCAUCCGUGAGCCAAAGACCUACUUGUUUGACCGUCUUCUUCGCCUGCCCGCCGUGCAGCAGAUGAAGGAUGAUGCCCUGUUCAAGCUGCUAAAUAUUUUCGUGUCGGGAACCUUUUCUGACUUCAUUGAUUUUAACAAUGCAAACAAGAGCUUUGUUGAGGAGUCAGGCCUUGAUGCUAGUAAGUGCGAGCACAAGAUGCGCCUCUUGACCUUUGUAAGCCUUGCUGCGGCUGCAGCGGCUGGAGAAGUCAGCUUCGCUACCAUGAAGCAGGAUCUCUCCCUGGAGACCGACGAGGAUGCAGAGAUGCUUGUUCUUGAUGCCAUCCGCGGUGGUCUGGUCAAGGCCAAAAUGGACCAACGUAAACAGACUGUCACCAUCAGCUCAUGCCUGCAGAGAACGUUUGGCAAGGCUGAGUGGACCCUGCUGCACGAGCGUUUCGAGAAGUGGCGCCUCAAUCUCAUCGGCAUUCGGGAGAGUCUUACCGCUUCCGCCCUUCAAUAAUUUCACACGUACAACAUAAAAAAAAACAAUAAAACCUUUUACUGCCA